UGAAUGAAGUGCUGGGUGUGGGACACUGAAAGUUCGGGAGAAUAUCAAAGAGAAGUUUGUUGAAUUGUCUACACCCUACAGUGGAAAGGAGAUGAUGUUCGAAUCUCUAUGAUUUCAUAUGUUGGCCUCUUCUUCAUUUUUCUUUUGAACUUCUCUUUUCUUUUAACUCAAGGGACAAAAUAUCCGUGCUAAAUCUGUCCAACUUUUGGGGUUUCUAGUUCAAUAGAUUAGAAAACAUUCAAGCAACAUGGGUUGUGGUCAGUCCAGAGAAAGAGAUCUUGAUGGGGAUCCACAGCCAAAGAAGAAAGGCCUUGAUAGUUUUCUUUGCAAGAAAAGGCCCAAGAAUCUCAUUGUCUUUGUGCUAGGUGGUCCAGGCUCUGGGAAGGGUACUCAAUGUGAGAAAAUUGUCAAAGACUAUGGAUUUGUUCACCUCUCAGUAGGAGAUUUAUUGCGGAAUGAAGUAAACAAUGAUUCUGAUAUAGGAAAACAGGCGAAAACUUGCAUGGCAGAAGGGAAACUUGUUCCAGUUGAAACAACAUUGGAGUUGUUAAAGAAUGCUAUGGAGAAGUCUUCAAACAAGAAGUUUCUGAUUGAUGGCUUCCCACGUUCUGUGGACCAAGCUAAAGCAUUUGAGGACAAGAUUUGCAGCCCCAAUAUGGUAUUAUAUUUAGAAUGUAGCCCUGAAGUUAUGGAGAAAAGACUUCUAGAGCGAGGAGCAACAUCAGGUCGAAUUGAUGACAACAUUGAGACAAUUAAAAAGAGAUUCAAGACUUUUGAGGAGGAGACCAUACCUGUCACCAAAUACUAUGAAAAUUCAGGAAAGGGCGUUCUAGUGAAGAUUUCUAGUGAGAGUGAAGUCGAUGUUGUAUAUGAAGAAGUAAAGAAGGCUCUUAAAAAUAUAUGAUUAUUGGAGACCUUCAUUGAUGGAGGGAUUAGACCAAACAUCAUUCACUAUUGUGGUUAGCUCAUGCAUUUAAGAUCAAUAGAAAUUUACAUAAUUUAUUUUA